CGAAACCUGGGCCUCUACUAUAGUUUAUUCUCUUCGUUUCCACCCCUUGAGUAUUCAACGAAUUCGGCGUCCGUUGCGUCUCAUUGUCACGAAAGGCCGAGAAAAACCCCAAAACAACGAUGACGCUUCCAGACUCGGAGAAAACAGAUGCUAACACCGACAAAAAGGAAAUAGCUGACGAGGAGCGAGAGAAAAUGCUGAAUCAGGAGAACGAGAAGCACAAGGGUGCGGAGGCCGCGACGAUAUCCCCUUCGUCGAUGACGUCGGAUGUCGAGCCCAGGAAAAAAAAAAUUCCCAUCGGUGGUAUAAAGAUGCCGGGGUUUUGUCGCCCGAAGAGCAAAGAAUUCCAGAUGGAGAGUGCAGAACAGCCGAUUGAUGGAGAGGUGGGUAUUCUGGACGCGAUGAAACGACCACUGGUGAACGUUUUGGCGAGUAUCAAGAAAAAUCGCCCUGAGGGUGAGCUAGGGGGUGGCGCAGCUGGUCUGGCAAGUGUGGAGACUCUGGGAGACAUCGGUGAGAAGCCAGCAGAUGUUUCAGCCCCAGAGGAUGGUAUGGAAACUGUUCGUUUGGAUGGAGGCCCUGAGCCGGAUGUCAACGAGGAGAAGAACCCCAGGAAGCCAGGCCCUGUGGAGGUCCUCCUGGCAUCAGCUCGCAGGAAUCAUCUGGUGACUGGAGUCAUCGUGGCAGUUCUGCUGCUCGUUAUUGUGAUAAUAACUAUCGCCUGCGCUGGUCCUCGAACACUUUUAUCGCAGCCACUUAAGGAUGGGAAGUACAUGGAGGCUGUCACCUCGUGCGGACUAGUUCAGGGGGUCCUGGAGGACGGGGGCUUCGCGUUCCGAGGAAUUCCUUACGCUCUGCCACCUCUAGAUGCUCUCAGGUGGACCGCUGCACAGCCUGUUAAUCGUAUCGAAAACUGCUGGAAUGACACGUAUCUCGCACAUAAUUCAUCGAACUCCUGCUGGCAACGAGAUGCCCUGGGAAACCCUUCUGGCGACGAGGACUGUCUUUAUCUCGAUGUUUUCACGCCUCAGGUGAGGUAUGACACUCCCCUCCCCGUGGUCGUGAUGAUCAGUGCGGAAACUCUCAGUGGGGGAUCCCCAGGUGUGAUGCAGCCCUCGGCGAAGCUUGCGAGGGUCCGGGACAUGGUGUUCGUCAGGCCAAAUUUCAGGCUCGGUGUCUUUGGAUUUCUCUCAGCCAGGCACCUAACGAGAUCUACCCAUUUACCGACAUCUGGAAAUUACGGGCUGUCGGAUAUUGUGGCGGCUCUCAAGUGGGUGCAACUGAAUAUUCAGAACUUCGGGGGGGACGAGAAAUCUGUGACGAUCUGGGGACACCGAGCAGGCGGGACUCUUGUUACUAGUCUUCUUGCAUCGCAAACCAUAAAAAAUCUGUUCUCAAGGGCUUGGGUGUCGAGUCCCAGUGUCACCCUGCCGACGAGGCCGCUGGAUGAAUCUGAGAGACUCUCGGAGGGGUAUCUUAACACCCUGGGAUGCAAGGACGUUGUCUGUAUGCGGGCAAAAAGUCCUCAGGAACUUCUGAGGGCUGAACCCGCAAUGUGGUACAAUACUUCGGAAAAUUCAGAGCUCCCUGGCCCCUCGGGAGGGGAAUCUUCGAGGCAGAGGCAUGAGUGGCUGGUGGUCGAUGGGACUAUCAUCCAGGAGAACGUUUACGAUAGACUGGAGAGAGUGGGGACGUCUGUGAAAGUCGUGAUGGGGACCACUGUCCAUUCGGCAGCACAUUCUCACUCCAAAGGCCUCAAUGCCAGUCUGGAUCAGUCCCACGUCGAGAGGGUUGUGAAGGAAUCGUUGUUGGGGAGUCUUGGGCUCACGGAGGAAGUCCUCAAACGGUACAAUGCAUCUCUCCACGGUCUAGCUACUGUUGUCUCCGAGAUUCGCGUACUCUGUCCCAUUUACAAUUUUACUAAUCUUGUGCCUGCAAGUAAUAUAUCGUUUUAUAUUGCCACUCAACCUCGGUGGGGUCAACUCGCUGAUGCCGACAGUGACGUCGCUGCCAUCCUCGGGUCCUAUACCCUCAGGACUCCCGAAGAAAAGAGACAUCAAUCCGCCAUUCAACAACUCUUCAAUCAGUUUGUCUGGCAUGACCGCAUUAUCGAUGCUGCUAAGGAAAUCUGGGGGUACAAUCAUCAUAAUUACACCAGUAAUGCCAGGAAAAUCAUCGUCGUAGGACAGGACAUCCUCCCACAGUACGGCUACUCCAACUGCGAUUACUGGAUUGAGAAGAAUCUCGUUCCGAAAUACGCGAGGAUCGAUUAAGUACGAGGGGUUUUGCUUUUCAUACGACCUAAUUGGUUCAAAUUCUUGUUGGAGAAUUGGUAAAAAUUGUGAGUUUUUAAAGGUCGGGGGCCUAAGCCUAUUGGUGUCAGAUUUCUUUUUGAACUCAGCCUUCUCUCCUGGAAAAAAAAAUCAUCUGAAUAUCCAAGACUGAAAUUUUUCAAUGACGUGAUCAGCAAUUAAUUUCUUCACGUUACACCACGAGGAAUUCUGAGACUGACCUUUCCAGAAUUCAUUCAUGAAUUUACUCGUCUAUUUAUUUAUUUAUCUAUUUAUUUAUUUAUUUAUUUAUUAGUCGGUUUUGAGCACCGCAUGCCGGAGGCCAUAUCUUAGAUAGAACGCUAGUGUUAAGUGAUUGUAAAACCGAUAUUUCACGAAUUCACGCAUUUUUCUGCAUUAUGUGAUUUCUUAUAGCUUUAUCACGAUAAUUUAUAUCUGUCAUUACGACACUUCUGGUAAUUGUAGGAUAGAGUGUAAUACAAUUUUUCUACGAUUCUUACGAUGGGCGAUGCGCCUUCAUAUGAAAUAAAGAAACUUAUUAAAUAAACAAAUCUGAACGCAGAGAAAACAAUUUCUGUGAAAAAUUA